AUGGCUGCGCCUUCAGGAAGGGGCCAGGGCCAGGCCAAACAGCAAGCAGAGGUGCCAGAGGAGCAGCAGGAAGAGGAGGAAGAAGAGGAGGAGGAGGCAAGCUGGCCUUGCUGGACCUGGACCAACGGGUCCCGGCACGCGCGCCCGCCCUAUGAGACAAGGAGCCCUGGAGGAUCCAGUUGCAGCGCUUUGUGGCUGAAAGGGGAGCCCCUGCCCGCCCACCUGCUGCUGACUCCUCAUCCUCGGGCUGGUAAUGCGAGCCCCAUGGAGGGAGUCACUGUGGGUGCCGGAUCCUCCACCCCUGACCACCGUGGAGCUGGGCACUGCUGCUUAGGGGAGUGGACUCAGCUCAAGGAGUCGCUGGUCCCUGAGGAAGGGGCAGCUUCGGGGGUCCCUGGGCGUGGUAGUGCCUGCAUCAUCUGCUAUUCGGCCUACGACCUCGCCAGCCGCCUGCCUCGUCGCCUCUACUGUGGCCACACCUUCUGCCAGGUCUGUGUGCGGCGGCUGGACACGGCAGACCACACCCAGCGCUGGAUCCCCUGCCCACAGUGCCGCCAGAGCACCCCUACACCCCGCGGUGGGGUGGCCAUGCUGGACCUCGACUUGCCCGUCUUCCUGGCCAUCAGAGCCCAGCGGGAGCCCCGGCCUCCCACCGCCUUCAAAGGUGGCCCAGCUGUCAUACAGCAGCCGGCCAGACCCACACCCAGCCUGGGACCACAGCUGAGCUUCCCACAGGGGCCCCAUUGCUGCUGGGAGUGCGGCAGCCUCUGUUGGGUUCCUCGGAGCAGUCCGGACAUCUGAGGUUAGGCCAGUCCGCGCCAGUAGCUGCUGC